UCAGUCUUUGAUGCUGUCUGCCACACGUGCUCCGGAUCUCCCACUCUCUUACGCUCAAAACCCAAUCUUUUUUAUUCCUUAAACCCUCUGCUCCUUUAUCCCAAAACUCCCACGCCAUCACCAUGACUCUUCUUCUCCGAUCCUUCCCUCUAAUCACUAUCCGCACCGCCAGACCCUACUCUCUUCCUCUCCUCCAAACUCUUCUCAAAUAUCACUUUCCCAAAUCACUUUCAACAAAACACACAAGAACCCUUGUAGCUCUUUCUGCUGCUGCUUCUUCUUCUUCUUCUUCCCCUGAAACCAUUCUCAAGCCACAACAACAACCAAAAGAUACCCUCCUCUGGGUCUCUCGUACCAACUUCUGCGGCCAAUUAUCCAUCAAUGAUGUCGGUGCACGUGUUCGUCUCUGUGGGUGGGUUGCUCUUCACAGAGUCCAUGGUGGUCUCACCUUUUUCAAUCUCAGAGACCACACUGGCAUUGUCCAGGUUGCGACUUUGCCUGGUGAAUUUCCUGAUGCUCAUUCUAUUAUAAAUGAUUUGAGAGUUGAGUAUGUGGUUGUUGUCGAAGGGGUUGUUCGGUCUCGGCCUGUUGAGUCUGUUAAUAAGAAAAUGGUCACCGGUUCUAUCGAGGUAGUUGCGGAGCAUGCUCAAUUGUUGAAUGCAGUGAAAGCAAAGUUGCCGUUUUUAGUUACUACAGUAGACGAUGCUAAGGAUUCUGUUAAGGAGGAGAUUCGUUUGAGAUAUCGAUGCCUUGACUUACGGCGGGAGCAAAUGAGCUCUAACAUUAUGCUGAGGCACAGGGUGGUGAAACUCAUUAGAAGAUAUCUUGAGGAUGUUCAGGGUUUUGUGGAGAUUGAGACCCCCAUACUUUCUAGAUCUACUCCAGAAGGUGCCCGGGAUUAUUUAGUGCCUUCAAGAAUUCAGCCAGGAACCUUCUAUGCUUUACCCCAGAGUCCACAACUCUUUAAGCAAAUGUUAAUGGUCUCUGGUUUUGACAAAUAUUAUCAAAUAGCAAGAUGCUUUAGAGAUGAAGAUCUAAGGGCAGAUAGACAACCCGAGUUCACCCAGUUAGAUAUGGAAUUGGCAUUCACUCCCAUGGAGGAUAUGCUGAGACUCAAUGAAGAUCUAAUUCGAAAGGUAUUUUUGGAGAUUAAAGGUGUCCAGCUACCAAACCCAUUCCCUAGGCUUACAUAUGCUGAAGCAAUGAGCAGAUAUGGUUCAGAUAGGCCAGACAUAAGAUUUGAUCUUCAUUUGAAAGACGUAUCUGAUAUUUUUUCAGAGUCCUCUUUCAGGGUUUUUGCUGAUAGCUUGAAAAGUGGGGGUAUUAUUAAAGUACUCUGUGUGCCUUCAGGUGCUAAAAGUUAUUCAAACACUGCUCUUAAAAAAGGUGACAUUUACAACGAAGCAAUCAAAUCAGGAGCAAAGGGUUUGGCCUUUCUAAAGGUCUUGGAUAAUGGGGAGUUUGAGGGAAUUUCUGCAUUACUUUCAAGUUUGGAUCCAACAACUAAAGAGCAGUUGCUAAGUCGCUGCUCUGCAGGACCAGGGGACCUUAUCUUGUUUGCAGUUGGUCAUCAUUCAUCAGUUAAUAAAACUCUUGAUCGACUUAGGCUAUUCAUAGCCAAUCAGCUGGGCUUGAUUGAUCCUUCCAGGUAUUCAAUUUUGUGGGUGACUGAUUUUCCAAUGUUUGAGUGGAACGAAACAGAGCAGAGGCUUGAGGCCUUGCAUCACCCAUUUACUGCUCCCAAUCCUGAAGACAUGAUAGACCUUUCCUCUGCACGUGCCCUUGCUUAUGACAUGGUUUAUAAUGGGGUUGAGAUUGGUGGAGGAAGUUUGAGAAUUUAUAAACGUGAGAUCCAGCAAAAAGUUUUGGAAAUUGUUGGCAUCACCCCCGAACAGGCUGAAGCGAAGUUUGGCUAUCUUCUGGAGGCAUUGGACAUGGGCGCUCCUCCACAUGGGGGGAUUGCUUAUGGGUUGGAUAGAUUGGCUAUGUUGUUGGCUGGUGCUAAUUCCAUCAGGGAUGUCAUAGCUUUCCCAAAGACAACAACUGCUCAGUGUGCCCUUACUAGGGCACCAUCAGAGGUGGAUCCUCAACAGCUUAAAGAUUUAUCUUUCCGUACCCAAUAGUGGUCUCUACUCUCUUCUGUUGCUCAUUGUAAUGUAAGUUGGGGUUCGUUGCCCAUUAGACGAAAUGCCUGCCAACCGCACUGAGGUCUUUGAGUUUGCGCCUUAUGCACCCAGUCAAGUUUUAGUUACGCGGGAAUUAAUCUUGGACAGGAAACUUUUGCUAUAUAUAUGUUGAAUAUUCUUGUUACUUUCUUAACCUUUCCUGUAUAUGUAUUUAUGAGGCAGAUCUGAAUCCCUAUCAUAAACAGGCACUUAAUUUCUAAUUUUAAAAAAAAAAACAUUUUGCGUGCUCGAA